UUUCUCCAAAUUCAUUUGUUUUUCUAUUUAAUUGUAAAUUAUAUUGAUUCUUUUUCUUUUCAUGGAAACAAUUAAACUUUGACUUGAUCUCUCAACUUUGAUUUUCACAAUGAUUAGUGUUGUUACCUGGUCUCACGAAGGUUAAUUCUCAUAUUGGAGCCCAUAUUUGUUGGAAUUAUUUUUCUUCUUUUCUAAUGUGUACAAACUGUUUACAAACCUUUUGUUCUACUGGUUGUGUUUUUCAUCUUCAUCUUUUUUCCUCUCUUUCUCUCUUUCUUUCUUUAUCUUUCCUUUACUUUUCUUUACUCUUUCCUCAUCAUUUUCUAUUCAACAACACACACACACAAAAUUCAUUCAUUUUCAUGAUCAAUCAAAAGGAAGACUCUUACUUACUGUCUUAAUUUACUUUUAAUUGGAGAGCAAACAUCAACAUAUAAACCGCCUCCUUUCUCUCUCUCUCUCUCUUUUUCUCUCUCAGUAACUCACUCUUUGUCUCUUCAUUUAUCACCUUUUAUUAUCCGAUCAUAAUCUGAAUUCUUGUUCUGUUUUCAUGACCGAACCAAAGUUUUCAAUGGUCCAUCAAGCAGAUUUAUACGAAGAAACAAUAGUCGAUGGGUUUGCAAUAUACGCCUUCCUUUCCUAUUCUGAUUGUGAGGAAUCUGCUCGACAGCAAGAUUGUCUUGAUGACACUGAAGAGGAAGAAUCAGUAAAUGGAGAUAAAAAGACACAACCUACUGUUGGUAGAAGUCCAUCAUCUGUGGGCUAUAAUAAUGGACAAAGAUCUCGCAGUGAUUCUCGAAGUUCAAUUGGAGAUACACCAAACGGGUCAAUUUAUUUAGAAAAUGGUAAAAAUAUGCUUUUCCAUCGAUCUGUUACAAGAAGAAAGGCAGGCCGACCUAAAGGUGGUCAUCGUCGAUCCAAAGUUCAGAUUAAACAUGAGAUCUUCAAUAAUCUUUGUGAUCCUUCAAUUGAUGCUCAACAAUUCAGUUGCCUUUAUAACGACUACUUACAAGCUCGUUUUAAAGAAGAAGAAAAAAAUAAGUAUAAAUUCACGUUACCCAAGUCAAUGGACGAAAAUUUUAUCAACUUAUCACUGAAUGCACUAGAUUCAAGUUUAGUUAAAGAAAAACCUUCUUUUAAGGUUGAAAAGAUAAAGAAAGAGCUUAAAAAUGGUACCGAAGAUGAAGAUAUCUCAGAUGAUUAUCAUUCUAAAAAGGGAUCAUUUGAUAAAAUUCCAGAAACUGGAGAAAAUGUUACCGAUCUUACCGAAAUGAUCAGUCGACACUCAAAACGAGAAAUUCGAUUACCUGCAAGGUAUCAUCAAUCUGGAAUACUAAUGGGCAGUCAAUGGAUUAUUCCAGAUUAUGGUCAAGAUGAAAGGACACCAAAAAAGAGGAUAAAAAUUGAAGAAGUGGAUGAAUCAAAGCCUCAGAUUGAAACACAAAUGAGAACCCAAACCUCUGUCAUUCAUCACAAGUCGGAACAAUUACAACGUCAACCUCUAUCCCAACCUCAAAUUCAACCUCAACACAACCUACAAGCAUCUGUAAAUCCUCAAUCCUCGCCAUCACCACAACCUCAAUUACAACAAAAAUCGCAGCCACAACAAAAUCCUCCGCCGCUGUUACAUAAACACUCGCAUUUUAAACCUUUAUAUUCGUGUGAAAACCAAAGAAUCAUCUUUCCAACCUCGAACUCUAGUAAUCUAGAUCGAACCUCUGAAGAUGAUAAGUCAUUAUCUUCUGAUCUCUUCAACGAACCAAGGGAAAGUGUUACUAAUGUUGACGAUCUACCUAAUCUCAACUCUCCUACCAAAACUUGUCCUUCGCAUGUUUCACAGCUUAAAUUACAUCAAGAAAAACUAGAGAGACUUCAAUUAUUGCGAAAGCAGCAAGAAAUUUGUGGUAAAUUUCGUGACAAUAAUAGUACUGUCAUCAAUAAUUCAUCAAAAGAUUACCCUUAUCAAGAAUCAACUGUAGAUAUGAUUAUGAGUAUUGUUUCACCAGCCGAUCGAAGUGAAUUAAAUAAUAUCGAUGCACCUCCAUCUCCACCAUUCUGUGCUAGCCCUGAGCUGAGUCUUCAAAAUUCACAAAGCUCAUCCAUGGUACCAAUUUUAAAUCCUAAUUCAAGUCGAUCCUCAAGUGAUUCUCCAACACCAAUGGAUAACUCUGAUGUUCAAGAUCAGAAAUCUCCUAGACAGCAACAGUUGCGUCAAUUAUAUAGAGAUCUUUAUUUUGAAAAUAGACCUGAGAGAAAGUUAAUUCAUGCCAAAAGUCGGAUUAAACCUCGAGUUAACAAGAAAUCUGAGGUUGAAGAGGCGAUUAAAGUGAUUGAAAAAUUGAACAAACGAAAUAAACAGCUAGAUUAUAUAAAGAGUUUAUUGAUUAUGUGGAAUAAGAAAUUGGUAUUAGCAGCCAAAGUAAUAAAUGAUAAAGAUGUUAUUCCUAAAGGUGUUGAUAUCGUCAGAGAUGUACUUAAGACUUAUCAAGCCAGUAAAAGUUACAAAUUAACCCAAGCUUGGGAUUCACUGAAUAAACCAAAAACACCAGCAUCAUCGAUAGCAAUAAGUUCAUUUGUUUCUGAGCCACCUCAACUCCUCCAACCCUGCCAACCACCUUCAUCACCUCAGCCACCCCAAGCAUCUCAAACACCUCAACUAUCUCGCCAGUUAGUUAGACCAGGUUCUUCUGUUAUCAAAACUACUGGUUCUCUAAGCCGAAUUGUGAUGAAUCCACAGGCAAAAGCAAAUUCAACGCCCGAGUCAAGAGUUUUCGGCACUUUGACAUUACCAGUUGCAACGACCACAAUAACUACAAUUACAUCUUCAGCCAAGACAGUAGACGAUUCAUUAUCCAUGGACAAAACACCCGGAGUAAUAAGCAGAAAUACAUACCCACCACCUCGAAUAAAAACCAUGGUGCCCUUAAAUCAAUCCCAAUCAUCAAAUCAGCCUUCGCAUCUUCACAUUCAUCCUUCUCUUCCUCCUCCUCCUCCUCCUUCCUUACAAACAUCAUUUUCCAUUACAUCACUUACACGUCCACCCACUCAAGCUUUACCAACUCUUUCAACUCCCUUACCUAAUCAUGCUCAUCUAACCUCUUCCAUGCUUCCCAAUAUUCAACAUCAUUCUCAGGCAAACAUGAAACCAAUACCCUUGAUAUUAAGUCCAGGAACACUGAACAAUAAUCUGUUCUCCAGCACCAGAGGCUAUGGUAGUCGACAUAAAUCUUCGGGAGAUGUGCAUUUAUGUACAAUGCCACGAUUACCUCUUCCUAAUAAUAUGACAGUUAGUCCUGUUGUCAACAAUUCGGGAGGAACAUCUAAGCCAACAAUCAUCAAACCGACAACAUUUUUCUUGACACCCAAUGCCAAUGCUUCCAACAGCCCUCUUUACCGAUUCUUAAAGGUCAAAGGUGACAUAAACCGAGUUCUCCUCACUCCACAAAUAACUCCUCACAUUUAUAAGAAACCUUUGCUCAUAGAACCUUUUCUUGGGCCUGUAAUGGACCCUCCUGUGGAGGUCAGUGUUCAAAGUGAUAACCAAGACCUUAAUUGAAGAUUCUGAUGUACAAUGGACUUUCAUGCUUUAAUUUUUCCGCUCUCGCUCUCUAACAAUGAAAAAAGACCGAACCUAUAUUAGGUGUGUCCGGUAAAGUUGGAGACAUUUCUUGCAUCUCCUAUAGUUUCUGAUUGAUUAUCUUACAAACAUAAUUGAAUAAUUACUCAUUUAGGCAAAUAAUCAAGUACAGACAAUCAUUUUGAUGAAAAAUUAUAUUUUAAUCAAAACUAAUUAGGCUAAUUUGAAAACGUUGAAAUAUAAAUGAAAUUUAUAUUUUCAAUUCGAAAUUUAUUUUUUUUUGCUAAUUUCCUUUUUUGAUCAGUGUAAUCAGCUAGAUCCAUCGAUUCUCAUAGCUACCACAGUAAUUAAAUAUUAACAACACUAAUUAAUUGUAACAAAAUGAACCGUUUUAAUCACAAAUGAUUGUCUUUGCUUGAUUAUUUGUUUCGUUGACAAUUAUUCUCAUUCAAAAGAAAGAUGCUAUCGAUUUUCCUUAAUCCUGGACACACCUUAUACUCUUUUAAUCAACUCGUCCUGAAGACUUAAACUAAUCAUGAUUUAAAAUGGAUAAAAGUGGACAACAACUUCGUGAAAAUCAAUUGUAAAGACUUAAAGUGCCCAACAAAAUGCUGAUCCAUUAAUCAAUGAUGAUUGGAAUACAAGUGAAUGUCAAUAUCGAAACGUAAAAAGGAAAUUCUUAAAAACGAACUCUCUCUCUCUCUCUCUCUCUCUCUCUCUCUCUCUCUCUCUCUCUCUCAUGUCUUUCUAAAUAUUCAACAUGUAAACACAGACAGAAAACAAGAAAAAAAAAUCAAUACAAUGUAAUUUAUGACCUUGUCAUUUAAAUUGCUGAAGAACAAUGAAAAAAACUAAAAGAAAUGAAAACUAAAUGAAAAAAAAGCAAAGCUUUGACAAAAUAAUUUCCAAUCCGAAGCCAGAACAAGAUGAUUAACAAUAAUUGUCCGAAUUCUAGGAUUAUAAUGAUUGAUUGUAUAAUAAUAAUUCUUUAAUAAUAAUAAUAAUAAUAUGAUUAAUCUAAU